AUCCCCGCAAUAAGAGUACUUAAAGCAGUUCUCAGCUGCUGGCCUAACUGCGUGCUAUUCUGAAAUCAUUUACUACUAAAUUUAGAAAAUUAUGAUGUUACCGAGGCAUACAUGUUUGUGUUUGAGGAUUAGCGCUCUAUUUCUUGCCGGUUAUAUGUCAACAGUUAGUGGAAAGUCACUUGGAAAGCAAACAACAGAAUCUAGUUAUUUUAGCGAUAGUGAUUCUACAGAACCUUGUUAUUAUAAGCGGUGUGGUUCAGCAAAACAGUCUUGUCAUAAGCAGUGUGAUCCUGCAGAACGGGGUUGUCAUAGUCGGUGUGAUUCUGCAGAACGGUGUUAUUAUAGUCCGUGUGAUUCAACAGAAUCGAGUUAUUUUAGCGAUAGUGACUAUACAGAACCUUGUUAUUAUAGUCGGUGUGAUGCUGCGGAAUCGAGUUAUUAUAAUUAUUAUGAUUUUGGCUGUGAUGGCAUACAGUAA